AUUUUGAAUCUAGUUGUCUGUUGUGAUGUUUUUCAGUCAUUUUUCUUCAUUGACAGUUUACAUAUAGAUGUAAAAUUAUAGUUAUUUCUUGUUAGAAUAACUAAUGUGUGUAGUAUAUCAUUUCCUAACUUAUCAAAAAUGGUUUUCACAUAAUUUUGAAUUGAUAGAUAUGGCUUCAGCAGAAUCUAUGCACAACUGGGACCCUCAUAAUGAGAAAGGUCCUAAAGAGCCUCCGCUUCUUCCAUCAGCUUCGAUUAGAAUCAAGAAGGAUUUGAUGUCAUUAUAUAAAGAUCCUCCACCAGGAAUAUUUGCAACUGCAAGCGAAUCUGAUAUACGAAAUGUGCAUGCACUUAUAAUCGGACCUAUGGAUACUCCGUAUGAGGGAGGAAUGUUUUAUUUUUUUCUAAGGUGUCCUUAUGAUUUUCCCAUAAAACCACCCAAAGUUAGGUUCUUAACAACCGAUGCUGGUAAAGUUAGGUUUAAUCCAAAUAUGUAUGCCUGUGGAAAAGUAUGCCUUAGCAUUAUCGGUACAUGGGUAGGACCUGGCUGGACUCCAGCUCAACAACUAUCAUCUUUGUUGAUUUCAAUACAGAGCCUUUUUAAUGAUAAACCUAUUACAAACGAACCUGGAUAUGAAAAAAUGUUCAGACCGGACGAAUCAGCGGAGUAUUCCGAAAUGAUCACUCACGAGACAAUAAGAGUGGCAGUAAUAGGGAUGGUUGAAAAUCAAUGUCACCUGACCAUUCCUCCGGAAUUUGUUCCGAUCAUAGAGAGAACUUUUUUGCAGUAUUUCGACGUGUACGUCGAAACCUGCACUAAAAAGAUGUACUUAGAUGGAAGAAAAUAUAAGGAUCCAUUGAACAAAAGUUCGAACGUCGUCUUCAAGUAUAAGAAGAUGCUGGCAAAACUGCACGAAAUAAAGGAAAAACUGGUGAAGAAGCACAAAAGUUUGAAACAGCCCUCGAGCGACGGAGACGGGUCCGACUACAAAGAAGACACGGACGAAGAACGAAUUGAUGAAACCAACGUUCAUGAGUUUGUUGACAGUCCUGAAGACGUUGAAGAUGAAGAUAUGGAUAGUUAUUUGGAAGAAUACAGCGAGGAGUCUUCCGAUGAUAGUUGAGAGAAAAAAACAGUUUCAAUGAAUUAAUUUUAGUUUUCUUUCAAGCACGUUCAGAUGAUCAUAAACUGGUCAAAAUUUCGUUGAAUCUGAACGAAAUUUUUAUUUUCUAAGUAAUAAUAUGCAAAAAAUUUAUAUAUAUACCUCAGUUGUGUUCACGUAUUUUAUAGGUAAAAAUAUUGACUGAAUUUGUAUUCCUUAUAUUAUCUACCAUUUUCAUAAUAUAAUUAAUCACAAAAA